CAUUUUUAAAGGAUGCUGACAAGAGAAUUAAAGCCCUGAGGGAAAGUUGCGAAGAGCUCCGUAAAGAAGCAACACAGAGAAGGCAAGAAAUUAGAAGCCUGAAAGAAGACCUGUCUUCAAGGCAGAAGCGUCUCACCAAGGAUCACAAAGAACUUGAUGAACUAUUUCGGAAACAAGAAGAACUAAAGGAUGAACUGGUCCGUCUCCAAGCCAUUCCUAUUCAGUUUGGAAAGGAUAUGGAAAAAAUGAGCCGCAGAAUGCAAGAUAUAGAGAGAAAAAAAGUCUUGCUUCAGGAACAAGCGCAAGAAGUUGUGGAGACUGUAAAAAAAAUGGAGGCUAAAUGUGAGGAGACAAUGGAAGAAAAAGAAGAUGCAAUGAAAGAAGUAGAAGGGAAGAAAGCUUUACUGGAGAGCAAAGAGCGAGAAUUUAUCACUUUGACUAAGAUGCACGAGAUGAAUAAAGAGAAUGAAGGAAGUGCCAUUGCAGAAAGGGGCAUGUUAGAAAUGGGUUUUCGCAACUCAUCCAAUAUGAAACAAAAACUGCAUGAUGCUUUGAGUCGGAUGCAGAGAGAGAGAGAGAAAGACUUUAGAAACUUUAAAAAGAUGGAGAUGCAGUUGAAAAUAGCUCAGGAAGGCUUGACACAAGUUCAAUCGCAUCAUGAUAGAAUGCUGUUAGAGAUGGAUGCUGUCCCUAAAGAUGAUGGGACAGUAUCAGAAAGGCGAAGGGAGGUCCAUAGAGAAGUCGAAAUAGUGAAGAGAAGUCUGACUCAGGAGAAAUCAGCAACAGAUGCUGAAAUACGAAUGCUGGACCAGUGUAUUGCUGAAGAAGACCAACUCUUUCGGGCUCAGGAGCAUUACAGGGAAGAAGUUGCCAACUUGAUACGUAUGACACAGCUCAAGGCUGAUGAGAGGGAACAAAAGUCUAAGGAUUUCUUGAAAGCUCAGGUGCGUCUGAAUAACAUUAUUGCAGAAAUAAAAACAAAAGACUUUGAAAUUAGGGAAUAUACAAAGAAACAGAGAGAAAUUCAGAGACAGAUGAGAGAAUUUGCUAAACUCUAUGACAUUGUACGACACGAGAGAAACAAAUUGGUGAACCUUGUACACUGUGCUCGCCAGAAAACAAAUGAAAUUAAAGAUAAAGUCAAAAUGUUAGAUAAUGAGAUGGAAAUCUUAAGGAACAAUGCUGUAAUUAAAGACAGAAAAUUGCAAAAAUACCAGAUGAAGUAUGCAAAUAAUAUUGCAGUCAAAGACAGCAUUCAGUCCGAUGUUUGCAAGGUUUAUCAAACCCUCCAGGAGAUGAAAGAAAAACGGGAGCAGCAGCUGAUGGAUGUUGAACGACUGACCAACACGCUCACCCGUAUUGAGGAUGAAAUGGUCCAGUUGCGUAAAUCAUAUGAAAAGGCUGUUCAACGGCGAAAUGAGAGUGGAGUUCAACUCAUAGAACGUGAAGAAGAAGUGUGUAUUUUUUAUGAAAAAAUAAAUAUUCAGGAAAUGAUGAGCCGAAAUGGCGAUAUAGAGAUUAAUGUGAUGGAUGAGAAAAUACGCUUUCUGCAACUGAAGCUAACUGAGAAAAAGAGGCAGAUUGAAUUAUCUGUGAAAAUGCUGCCAACGAAAAGGACUCUUGAUGCUGAUUUAGUGGUCCUUCAGAUUCAGUUUUCACAGUGCAAGGACAAAAUUAAAAGCCUGGAGAAGCUGUUUACAGACCCUGAUAGAGAAAACAGGACAAGAGCACUGCCUGGAAAAGACCCCUCUAUACAAGAGCUCUUCAGAAAGAUAGAGGAGUUAGAAAUUCAGUUGGCUCGGAAAGAGGAGAAGUUGCUGGAGAAGGACUUCGUUUAUGAGCAAGUGUCCCGAAUGACAGAGAAAAUCAGCGUCAAGGCAGAAAGUGGCAAGGAGGAGACAUUAAUAUUGGCAAAAAAGAUGAACAUACUACAAGAGAAAAUAAAGAGCACAACUCAGAAGAUAAUGGCUCUCAUUGCAGAGCUAUCGAUGCAUCAAGCCGUCGCCAUUAAACUGCAGCAAGAGAUGAGGGACAAAGAACAGACUUUAAUGUGCAUUGCCUCCCGGCUGGAGAAAGGUCUUCCACCUCCUAGAGAAAUAGAGGUGGAAUGGCUCAAGGUUCUACGGGAUGAAAAAAUGCGUAAAAUAGCAAGCGAAACCAAAACAAAACAUGCCCUGGAAGAGGAACAGUCUGCUUUGCCAACUGCUGUACAUACCACGGCUGAGCAGCGUCCCAACGCCUACAUCCCUGAUGAUGAAAAUGUUCUCCCACUACCACGGCCCUAUGGAGCACUGGCGCCAUUCAAACCAAGUGAGCCCGGCGCAAACAUGAGGCACAUAAGAAAGCCAAUUAUGAAACCAAUAGAAAUCUAAGUGACUCAACCUCUGUUGAAGGAGAACACUGCUCAUUCA